GUGCAAACAUUAGCUGAUUUGCUGUCGAGUCGAGACUGUCCAAAUCAUUGUGUGCCUCAGGGGGUUUAUGUCCAGACAGUUUAACUCCCCCUUUUGCGAGAGUUCAUCGAGAUAUCCCUUUCAGUCCUCACGGUCUCUUCAGCUGACCGCAUGGUCGAGCAAUUAUCAUAAGCCAAAAUAAUUAUAGUGUCUAUUGUGAAUCGUCUUGGAACGGCUGGCCUUUUUUUUUACAUUUUUUUAACUCUUGAAAAUAUUUACAAAAAGGAUACCUCGUGUGCUCUAUUGAAUAUUCAUCAUGCAGAAAAUAACUUCAACUCCGGCUCGGUUUUAUCCAGUCAAACUGUCGAUGGAAGUCAGUUUCACCACUCAUUCGCACAUCAUCGGACGAGCUGGCACCAAUAUCAACACGGUCAUGAAAGAAACGAGCACCAAAAUUCAUUUCCCUGACGAAAAUCGCGUUGCUGGUGAGAAAAAGAGCAACGAGGUGACCAUUUCAGGAGAGUUGGUCAAUGUUGAAACGGCUCGUCGUCGUAUUCGUUUUCUGAUUCCGAUCGAGUAUGUUGUUGAAUGUCGGACGGAAGUGCUGGAUUCUUACGGUCGACCUGCCUUGGUGAAGGAUUUCGCCAUUCUGUAUGGGGUCUUGCUCCGCUUGAACGAGAAAACCACGGGUUCCUACUCUCACUGUUCGGCCACCAUCCGUGGAAGCCAACAAGAGAUUGGCAGAUUGAAAGAAGCCGUCAAUCACCUGAUGAAGUUGAAUCAAAAUCUAGAAACCCUCGUAUCUAUGAAAAUGGAAUUCUCGUCUGAUCAGUUGGAAACGCUCAGGGCAAACUUCAAUCUACUUGAAGCAAAAUACUCGACAGCGUUCAUGACGUUAAAACUAACCAAUCUGGGGGAAGAGCAUCAAGUUGUCUGGAUAAGAGGCUCUGUGGAUGGUGUCUAUCAAACUAAAAUGGCCCUGAUGGAAUUUCUUCCUAUGAAGCUGAUGUUUCAUGUCCAUGCUAUUCAUUUGACCUUUGGUGUCAACGAGCGAAAGUUGGCUAAACGUUUGGACGUGGCGGUCAAGAUGGAACCGAGCACCAAACCGAGCAGCUUUCUGCUUCAGAUCAUCAGUUACGAAAAGAAUGCAGGCAACAUUUAUGAAUUCCGGAGACAAAUCCUACGUCUUCCCAAUCCCAACGGACUAUCCCCCAUCGGAUUCCCGCUCAGCUUACCCAGAGUUCAAGAACCCGAACGUACUUUUCUUCCAGCAGUUGGGAGUCGAACUGUUAUACAACAACCUCGCUUCCGUGAAACCACUGAAGAGGUUUACCAAUCGGGCGGUCAAAGAGCACACUCAAAACCUUUGCUACCAUCUAACGAAAGUGUGAAGAUGCCGGCCUGCACUUUAAAAUUUGACAAAAACUCAUAUCGCCAACUAUGCCAGAUGCUGAAAGAAUCAGAUCUAUUCGAAUAUUGUGAACUAUUUCUUGCAAAUGAGGUGGAUCUGGCCAUGUUCACUACACUGUCUGAUGAUGAUCUGAAAAGCAUCGGAGUAACCGCAUACCGCCCACGAAAAUUGAUGCUGCAUGCAAUAUCAGAACUGAAGAACUUGCCAAUUAGCUGUGCCGUUGAAGAAAACUCGCAAUUUUGUCAGUUGUAAAUUUCACCAUGCGACGGUUUUACUAGUUUUGACACAGAACAUCUGUAUCCUGAUUCCUUUCGGACUGCAAUAGUUUUUUAUAACUAUUCUCUCACGUUUUAUGCGCCGUUGUGCAAGCCCUUUUUUUUAUUAAUUUGUUUGACUGUAAUUCGGAGGAAAAAAUGCUUUUCCGCCCUUGAUUCUAUCAUGAGUCAAGUUAACGUUUUUCAUUGAAUUUUCAUGCUGCAACCUCUUGUAUAUCCAGACGAUUAUCAUAUAUAAUAAACACGAAACAUUUUCAUAAAA